GAUAUUAAUACAAUACUGUUGUGUAAUACUUGUAUGUAUUAUAAAGUAAUAGCCAUUCAAUGUGUUAUUCAAUGAGUGUAUUGUAUAUACAAUUGAUUUCUUAAAAUAUUGUUGUUGUUGUUGUUGUGUGUUAUCAUCGCUUAAGAGACCAAUUGUUGUAUUAUUUAAUGGCUUUUGACUUUUGCCGACACUCUUAAGCAGUGAUACUCACAAUUGGUGAUCAUUUAUGAUGUAAGACUUGAUAUGAUGGACAUUAUGAUUGUUGGCCAUCAGCAGUGAUAUGUAUACAAACAUUUCAUCUCAUAAAUGUCUUAACGACUCGUCACUCAUCGGCGGUGACUCCGUGGCCAACAAGGAAUUGUUUACGGCCUGCAAGAAUGGUGAUGUUGUACGCGUCAAGAAGCUCAUCAACACCGCUAAUGUUAACAUUCGCGACACUUCGGGCCGAAAGUCAACACCACUUCAUUUUGCUGCCGGAUUUGGUCGCAAAGAUAUUGUCGAGUAUUUGUUGAGUCUUAAGGCCAACGUAUCUGUUAAAGAUGACGGCGGUCUUCAACCGCUUCAUAACGCUUCCAGUUUUGGUCACGCCGAAGUAGUUCAGCUUUUGUUGCGUAAUGGAGCCGAUCCUAACGCUAAAGACAAUUGGGGUUUUACGCCGUUGAUGGAGGCGGUCAUCAAAGCGAAGAUAGAGGUGUGCAUUGUUUUGCUUCAGAACAACGCCGACCCAAACCUAUUGAACUCAGAAGGAAAAUGUGCUCUCGAUUUGGCCGAUCCGUUGACCAAAAGUAUAUUUUUAGGUGAAUAUAAAAAGGAUGAACUUCUUGAAGCUGCACGUAAUGGUAACGAAGAAAAACUACUGUCGCUAUUGGUUCCUAUGAAUGUCAACUGUCAGGCAAGUGAUGGCCGCAAAUCAUCGUUACUUCAUUUAGCCAGCGGUUACAACAGGAUUAAUGUAGUGAAGUUACUUAUAAGUCGCGGAGCAGAUUGUCACGCACAGGACAAGGGAGGUCUCGUUCCGCUGCACAACAGCAGCUCUUACGGUCACUUCGAUGUCUGUGAGAUCCUAAUCAAAGCGGGCGCUUCCGUCUCAGCCACUGAUCAUUGGCAGUUUACACCAUUACAUGAGGCUGCCUCAAAAAUGCGAGUAGAAGUUUGCUCUCUAUUAUUGAGUCAUGGAGCUGAUCCUUAUUUACCUAAUUGUCACGGAAAAACCGCUAUAGAUAUGUCUCCGACACGAGAACUACAGGAAAGAAUUGCUUACGAAUAUAAAGGUCACUGUCUUUUGGAUGCCAUUCUUCAGGGAGAGAUCACAAAAGUUAAGAAAUGUUUGACACCAGAAAUCACAAACUUUAAGCACCCAUUUACUGGUGAUUCGCCCCUACAUUAUGCGGUUCUUUGUUCACAUUCAAAGCGCAAACAAAUUUGUGAAUUUCUUAUACGAAAGAAUGCAAAUCUGAACGAAAAAAACAAAGAUUUUUUGGCACCAAUUCAUUUGGCUGCAGACAACUCCAAGUUUGAUGUACUCGAGUUGUUACUUAAAAAUGGAUCAAAAGUUAACAUUUUGGAUGGAUUGGGUCAGACGGCUCUACAUCGAUGUGCUCGAGACGGCAAUAUUGGCGCCGUUCAGACAUUGUUGUCGUACGGCGCAGACAUUUCGAUUGUUAGUUUACAGGGCUAUACAGUGGAUCAAAUGGCUAAAGAAAAUGUCCAAAAAUUGCUAAUAAAUCAUCGAUUGACCACAACUGGAGAUAUUGAAUAUAAAUUAUUGGAAGCGUCCAAAGCUGGAGAACUAGAAGUAGUUAAGACGAUACUCACGACGUAUCCACAUCUUGUCAAUUGUCGGGACAUCGAUGGCCGACAAUCGACACCAAUUCAUUUUGCUGCCGGUUAUAAUCGACUGAAUGUCGUUGAGUUUCUUUUGUCACGAAAUGCCGACGUUUCAGCUAAAGACAAGGGAGGGUUAGCGCCAUUGCAUAACGCUUGCAGUUAUGGACACUUGGAAGUCGCGGAACUACUAAUUAAACAUAAAGCUAAUGUUAACGCCACAGAUCUCUGGAAGUUUACGUCAUUACACGAAGCAUCAGCUAAGGGUAAGACUGAAAUCGUAAGAUUGUUGUUGAAGAAUGGCGCCGAUAAAGAAAAGAAGAAUAGAGAUGGCAAUAGAGCUAUCGAUUUGGUCAAAGAUGGUGAUCAAGAAAUAACUGAUCUGUUAAUGGGUGAGUCAGCCAUUCUGGAUGCCGCCAAAAAGGGAGACUUGAAUCGAUUGAUGAAAUUAGUUACCAAUGAGAAUGUCAAUUGUAAAGAUUCGGCCGGAAGGCAUUCAACGCCAUUACAUUUAGCCGCCGGUUAUAAUAAUAUUGAAUGCACUCAACUUCUCAUUGAAAAAGGAGCAGAAGUUAACGCAACCGAUAAAGGAGGUCUCAUUCCUUUACAUAACAGUGCAUCAUAUGGUCAUUUAGAUAUCGCUGCUUUACUUAUCAAACAUAAUACGGCUGUAAAUUCUACCGAUCGGUGGGGAUUUACGCCAUUGCAUGAGGCGGCUCAAAAAUCUCGAACCCAAGUAUGUGCACUACUGUUAGCUCACGGCUCAGACUGUUAUCUUAAAAAUCACGAAAAUCAGACACCACUUGAUUUAGCGACAGCUGAUGAUGUUAGAUGUCUUUUAAUGGAUGCAAUGGCUCCAAACUCGACGCCUUCCUUGUCUUCUUCAGUUAUGUCAUUAACUCUGACCUCCAAAGAUGUUGUUACUGUUCCACAGCCUACAGAAGUUAAAAGCAGUCCGUUGUCAACUCCCAGUCUAACCACAUCAACAAUUGCUCAAACAAAUUCAUUGACCACAAUUAGAUCCAGUGAAACGAAUAUUCCGUCGGCAUUGACUCUACUUUUAUCCCAAAGAAACAGCGAGAAUGUUAACGGAGACAUAUCAUCGGCGAGUGGUCAGUGCGCCGACGGAUUUGCAAAGAAAUCUAGUUCUCAUUCCAUAACUAAUUAUUUGCCAUCAUCAACAUUGCCAUCUAUUAAUAUGACAACAUUCCUCCAAAGUUUAGGUUUAGAUCAUUUAAUUGAGCUUUUUGUUAGGGAACAGAUCUCAUUUGAUAUAUUAUCUGAAAUGGGUCACGAAGAACUUAAGCAAAUUGGUGUCAAUGCUUAUGGUCAUCGACAUCGACUGCUUAAAGGCAUUGAAAAAGUGUUACUAUCGACACAUUCAUCUACACACCACUCCAUUCCAUUGAGUUCGGGCACUGUAUUGAAAGAAAUUAAUGCGACGGACAAAGAGUACAAAGCCGUAGAGGACGAAAUGCAGAGUACAAUUCGGGAACACAAAGAUAAUGGUCAUUCGGGAGGCAUUUUCAAUCGAUAUCAUAUCAUUAAAAUCGAACGAAUCAGUAAUCGAAAACUAUGGGAACGGUAUUGUCACAGACGUAGAGAGAUAUUGGAAGAGAACCACGACUACUCAAAUGAACGAAUGUUGUUCCACGGAUCACCAUUCUUGAAUGCCAUCAUUCAGAAAGGUUUCGAUGAAAGGCACGCUUAUAUCGGCGGAAUGUUUGGCGCCGGCAUCUACUUUGCCGAAAACAGCUCCAAAAGCAAUCAAUACGUUUAUGGAAUUGGAGGCGGAACUGGUUGUCCACAGCAUAAGGACCGUUCAUGUUAUGUCUGUAAACGCCAACUGCUGUUAUGUCGCGUAGCUUUGGGUAAAUCAUUCUUUCAGUUCAGUGCGCUUAAGAUGGCUCACUCACCACCCGGUCAUCACAGCAUAAUUGGUCGUCCGAGUGGUGGUGGUCUUACUUAUCCUGAAUAUGUUAUCUAUAGAGGAGAACAGGCGUAUCCCGAGUAUGUGAUAACUUAUCAGAUCGUUAAACCUGAUUCAUUGAACGGCCAAUCGUCCACUUUUUAUACAUAAUUGUAUAGUUUUUAUAUUAUGAUUAUAAUUAUAGUUAUUUAUAGAUUUAUAUCAAUAAUAAUUUUUUUUAUUUUA